ACCAGCAUGUUUAUUCAGGCAGAUAAGACUUUAUUUCGCAAAGGAAAGAGGAUUCACCCAUAUUUGUGUAUAUAUAUUUAUAUAUUUACACGUGUUUCUAUGUCUUUAUAUAUAGAUUGGUAUAUUUAUGUGCGUAUUUGAGCGGAUGCAGAGGCGGGCGGGCAGCACCGGGCUGUCGGACAGCAGCCGCAGCCCGUGUAGGUGGGAAGGCGGCGGGGGCUGCGCGGGGCGCGGGCGGUCCCGCCGCGUCUCCCGAGCCGCGGUGCCCCGGCGGGGACGUGUCCGGGUUCCCAAGCGAGCGGCGCGCAGGCGCCUCUCCCUCCCCAGCCCCGGUGAGAUGCUCUCGGACGUGGGAAGGGGAUCGCCCUGCCUUUCCCUGCCUCCCGCCUUCUCUCCGGCUCCUCUGCCCCACUUUUCCUCCUCUUAGCACAGUCUCUGGCUGGGUUUCAUUAGCGGUUUUUUUUUUUUACCCCUUGUUGUUUAUUGUUCGGUUUUGGUUUGUUUUGGGUUUUAAUAUAACCCACUCCCGGGGAGCCCGUUUGCCACCCGCUCUCCGUAGCUCCUGCUCCUCCACACAGCGCUAUCUGAAGGGAGACCCGCCUGUUGAUUAUCCCCCACUCCCCUUCCCUCCGCUUCCACCCACCGUCUGCCCCCACCCCUCCCUCCGCUUGAUUUCGAACCUUUGGAUGGUGUUUUGGUGUCAUUAGGAGAUUAACAUCCCUGGAGCACCAGGGGAGGAGGAGGAGGAAGAAGAGGAGGGUGGAGGGGAGAGAGAGAGACAGCAGGCAGGAAGGUUGGCGUAUUAGCAGGAGUGAGGCUCUCCUCCCGCCGUCCCAGCCAUCCCCGGCUCCUCGGUGGCAGCGGAGGGGGGCGGUUGCCGGCGCCGCGGGCUGCGCCCGGUGCCCGCGUCCGCGGAGCUGCGGCUGCCGGCGGGCGAGCGGCCGCGGCUCCUGCUCGCAGCCCCCCUCUCUUUUAUGAGCAGCGAGGCGGAGGAGCGGCAGCGGGGGACACCAGGAGGAGCAUUUCUUCCCCGGGGUUUAUGAAUGGCACUGACAUGGAGGAAAUACCGUUUCAGAAAGUCAAGACCAAGAGGAAGAAGUGCUGUCACUGCUGCUGCUCCCCGCCGGCUGCCGCGGCGGCGGGAGCCGGAGCUGGGCUGGGGGACCCCCCUCCCUUGCUGCUGCUGGAUGCCAUCGCCUGCGAGGACGAGUUUGACUGCAAGGAGCUGGAGGCUCUCUUCCAGAGCUACAACCUGAAGCUAGAGCAGACGUCCACCCUCAAGGCGCUGGCCGUCCUCAUCGUGCUCACCGCCAGCCUGGCUCUGGUGGAGCUGCUCUCCGGCCCCAGCCUGACCAUCUCCAAAGGCUCGCACCCGGUUCACUGCAUCAUCUUCCUCUCCCUCUUCAUCGUCACCAAUGUCAAGUACUUGCAGGUCACCCAGCUGCAGCAGAUCGUCAAGCUCACCUUGCUCUUCAGCUUCACCUUCUCCUUCCUCUGCUGCCCCUUCUCGCUCGGCGCCUACGGCAUGGAGCCCCCCAGCACCCCGGAGCAGGGCAUGUGGCAGCUCAUGCUGGUCACCUUCGUCUCCUACUCGCUGCUGCCCGUCCGGACCCUGCUGGCCAUCGUCUUCGGGCUGGUGGUGUCCGUCUCUCACCUCAUCGUCACCGCCACCUCCGUCAGUGCCAAGCGGCAGCGGCUCUGGAGGACGCUUGUGGCCAAUGCAAUCCUUUUUGUAAGUGUAAAUUUGUAUGGGGUCUUUGUGAGGAUUUUGACAGAAAGGGCUCAGAGGAAGGCAUUCCUUCAGGCCAGGAACUGCAUUGAGGACAGGCUGAGGCUGGAGGAUGAAAAUGAAAAACAGGAACGUCUCUUGAUGAGUCUUUUGCCCAGGAAUGUUGCAAUGGAAAUGAAGGAAGAUUUCCUGAAGCCUCCUGAAAGGAUUUUCCACAAGAUUUACAUUCAAAGGCAUGACAACGUUAGCAUUCUGUUUGCAGACAUUGUGGGGUUCACUAGUUUGGCAUCACAGUGUACUGCCCAAGAGCUGGUGAAGCUGCUGAAUGAGCUCUUUGGCAAAUUUGAUGAAUUAGCUACAGAAAACCACUGCAGAAGGAUAAAAAUCCUAGGGGACUGUUACUACUGUGUAUCAGGAUUGACCCAGCCCAAAACAGAUCAUGCCCAUUGCUGUGUGGAAAUGGGACUGGAUAUGAUUGAUACCAUCACAUCUGUUGCAGAAGCCACAGAAGUUGAUCUCAACAUGAGAGUUGGAUUGCACACAGGCAGGGUGCUCUGUGGGGUCCUGGGUCUCCGAAAAUGGCAGUAUGAUGUCUGGUCAAAUGAUGUGACUUUAGCCAAUGUAAUGGAAGCUGGAGGACUGCCUGGGAAAGUUCACAUUACAAAGACCACCUUAGAGUGCCUAAAUGGGGACUACGAGGUAGAACCAGGAUAUGGUCAUGAAAGGAAUAGUUUCUUGAAGAAGCAUAAUAUUGAAACAUAUUUUAUUGUGCCAUCCCAUCGUAGGAAGAUAUUUCCUGGACUGAUUCUCUCAGACAUUAAGCCUGCCAAAAGAAUGAAGUUCAAGACAGUCUGCUACCUGCUUGUUCAGCUCAUGCACUGUCGGAAGAUGUUCAAAGCGGAGAUCCCUUUCUCCAAUGUCAUGACGUGUGAGGAUGAUGAUAAGAGGAGAGCACUAAGGACAGCCUCUGAAAAACUCAGGAAUCGUUCCUCUUUUUCUACUAAUGUUGUAUACAACACUCCAGGAACUCGAGUGAACAGAUACAUCAGCCGCUUGAUAGAGGCCCGGCAAACUGAGUCUGAGAUGGCUGACUUGAACUUCAUCACCCUGAAGUACAAGCAAAUUGAGCGUGAAAAUAAAUACCACCAGCUUCAGGAUGAGUAUUUCACCAGUGCUGUAGUUCUCUCACUAAUUCUAGCUGCCUUAUUUGGCCUUGUCUACCUUCUAAUAAUACCACAGAGUACCAUAGUUCUUGUUCUCCUGGUGUUCUGCAUAUGCUUCCUAGUGGCUUGUAUUAUGUACCUACAUGUCACACGAGUACAAUGUUUUCCAGGGUGCCUGACAAUUCAGAUUCGUACCAUUUUGUGUAUUUUUAUUGUGAUCUUAAUAUACUCCGUGGCUCAAGGAUGUGUGGUCGGCUGUAUGCCUUGGGUUUGGAAUGCCAAUUCCAGCAGUUCAAUAAUUAUCAUUUCUCCUGGUGGAACAAAUAAAACAAUGAAUGAACUUCCAUGUGACACAGCCCACUAUGCUUUCCUUUCCUGCGUAGUGGGGACUCUCACCUUGGCAAUAUUUCUGCGUGUAUCUUCCUUGCCAAAAAUGAUUCUCCUGCUUUUUGUUACAAUUUUGUACAUAGCUAUUCUGGAACUCAGUGGUUACAGAAAAGCAGUGGGGGGUGGCUCCUUUUAUAUGCGCGGCUAUGAACCAAUACUAGCCAUUUUGCUAUUUUCUUGUGCUUUGGCACUGCAUUCCAGACAGGUGGACUUGAAGCUGCGUCUGGACUACCUCUGGGCUGUGCAGGCAGAAGAAGAGAGAGAUGAUAUGGAAAGAGUCAAGCUGGAUAAUAAAAGAAUUCUCUUCAACCUGUUGCCAGCACAUGUUGCACAGCACUUUCUAAUGUCUAAUCCGCGAAAUAUGGACCUUUAUUACCAGUCCUAUUCACAAGUGGGAGUGAUGUUUGCUUCCAUCCCAAAUUUCAAUGAUUUCUACAUUGAACUGGACGGCAAUAAUAUGGGAGUGGAAUGUUUACGCCUGUUAAAUGAAAUUAUUGCUGAUUUUGAUGAGCUUAUGGACAAAGAAUAUUAUAAGGACAUAGAAAAGAUCAAGACGAUUGGAAGUACGUAUAUGGCAGCUGUGGGACUUGUGCCUACUUCAGGAACUAAGGCUAAAAAAUCAAUCUAUUCCCAUCUGAGUACACUGGCAGAUUUCGCAAUAGAGAUGUUUGACGUUCUUGAUGAAAUCAACUAUCAGUCUUACAACGACUUUGUCCUACGAGUUGGUAUUAAUGUUGGGCCAGUAGUGGCUGGAGUCAUUGGAGCCAGAAGACCACAGUAUGAUAUCUGGGGGAACACUGUAAAUGUUGCCAGCCGGAUGGAUAGUACUGGAGUGCAGGGGAAAAUUCAGGUGACAGAAGAAGUUCAGCGGAUCUUAAAAAGGUGCAGUUACGAAUUUGUGUGCAGGGGUAAAGUCAGUGUAAAGGGAAAAGGUGAAAUGUUGACCUAUUUCCUGGAAGGAAAGGCCGAUGGAAAUAAUUCGCAAACACGGUCUUUAAACUUAGAGAGGAAAAUGUACCCUUAUGGGAGAGCAAACAUUCAAACCAAACUGGGCACCAGCUGCCCAUCAGUGUCCUCAGCUGCUAGUUUUCCUGUAAAAGCUGGAGCAGGGCAGACGUCUGCCACUCACGCAAAUCAAACACUGCAUUAUCUUCCUUCUGUGCCAGCUGUAAAGGAGGCAUAAAGCAAAGGAGAUUUGGUUGUGCCAUUUACAGUGAACUUGGAGAGCAAUGGUUGCCUGAAUUUUUGCCAAGAGAUCAGAUGUCGUAGGCCAUGGCAUUAACCAAGGACCACUACAACCCAACCAAAGAGAACUUGGGGACUGUGUAACGAACUCUUGGGAUGGAACAUUUAAGGGCUAGCAAUUCUGUUAGGAAAAGUCAAAACCUGAUUUUCUGGAAAUGAGGAAUAUUUUCUUGGUGUUUUUAAAGGGUGAAUGAAAAAAAAAGAAGAGAUAAACGUGCAAGCAAUUAUAUUUAUGUGUGUGUGUGUAUAUAUAUGUUUUAAUCUAUAUAUGCACAUAUGCAAACAGUCCUGUGUAGACUUAAUAGAGAUUUAGAGAUAAACAUAAAAACAUGUAUUUAUUUACACAUCCACCUGCAAUGACACAGCAAAGAGAUUUCUCUUUCUGUCAUAGCCAGCACUGUUGGGUUUGGGAUUAGCAAAGCUGCAUUUAACAGUGGAGUGUGGGGCAGCUGGUCUACAGCAAGUUAGAGAAGCUGUGUUCCCAGUGCAUGAGGUAAAGCAAUGACAGCAGUGUUCACUGUGUUGUCAGCUAAUGAAGGCUGGAUGCAACUAAUUGCUAAACCCUAUGUAUUUUGAAAAAUUCUCCUUGCAUGCUCCAAAAACUUCCAAAAAAUUCCAAUUCAAAGCAUACACUAGGAUGUGAAGAGCUUAAAGGUUUGGCAGAAGAACAAUAUAUAUUCUUUUCAUUGAAAAACAAAAUUAAUUGAUUUCAUUGAAGAGCAGAAGGAUGGUAUUAUUUCAGGCUUUUACAAACAGCACAGGUCCUGUGGCUCAGUUCCAGGAUUUAGCUUUACCUUUCCAAACAGGUCAAAGAAUAGUCCUGUACUGGUGACAAACAUGCUGUUGCUAGCUUUGUGACAUUUGUGUAUUUGCCAACACAGGCUUAGGUCUUAAUCGAUUUUUAAAUUUAUGCCACAGUUUUAUUAUAUCUUGAUUCUACCCAGGCUCACUCUUCAAAGCUGUACAAUUAUAGAAAGCUAUAAUUCUGAGAAACAAGCACAGUCAAACUUUGCCCAAAUCAGGAGCACACUGGUAAAUGUGCCAGAAGAGUGAGGCCUGCUCUUAAUCUGCAUAAAAGGGAACAUAUUUUGGCCACUUUUUCCUUUAAUGCAGCCCACAUCCUAUUGUUCAUGGUUUCAUCUUGAAACACUGAUCUGGAUGGGAAAUGUGGAGUGCAGCUCCAUAAGCAGCUGGAGGUCAUCCUGCUAAGUGACAUGUCCUGCAUGGACACCGUCAAUAGCAAUCCCUGAUGGGGAUGUGCAUGCUAAUCAGCCUUACUGCACUGCUUUCCAGAAGAGAAACAAAACUUUUUGUUGUCUAAAAACAUGCAAAACUUCCUUGUAACUAAAAAAAGCCCCACAAAACAAAACCAGCACACGUACCCCUCCCCCCCCCCCCCCCCAAAAAAACCAACCAAACAGCACCAAACCCAAAAACUGCAGAAGUUGCCCAGACUGUGCAGUAGAAAACUUGCAUGGACUGGAUGUCACAUUUCCCUUUGGUGAGCCUAUUUCAGUAGUGAUUUAAGUGGAAAGAAAAUUCUGAGCAAUACUCCUGCAACCAGCAUUUGCUUUGGAGCAGUCACUGUGUUAAAAAUAUAUGGGCGAAUACUGUGUCAACAGAUGGAAAUUGUUAAAGAAGUGCUGCAGGAGUUUCCUAUCAGGCUGCUGUGGGAUUCCAGUGGUUUUCAGCAGGGUAUUUAGUUAAUUUUCAUGUACCCUGUCAGCUAGGUGCUACAUUACAAAGCUGGCAAAAUCAGUGUUGUGAUUAAAGUGACUAUAAAGCCUGAGAAUCACUUCCUAACUGUACUAGGUGUAUGUACCCUGGCUCAUCUGUCAAAAUCACUGUUUCUUUACCUCCUUAACAGUUCACAGGUAUUCUUCUAGAAUAAUUUAAUUCUGCUUUUGAGGCAUUCAAAGCCAUUUAAAUAAACACAUGUAGAAUAUAGAGAUUUAAAAGAACAAAUAUUUACAUCAUUAAACUGAAUAAAUGGUAUCCAUGUAAAGCACACCUCAUAUUACUGUUUUCUAAUAGGUUUGUAAGAACUAAAUCAUCACACCGGUAAGUUAAAUAUUUAACCAAAAUGGGAAGCAUUAUGUGCAAUAGCAAUAAUCACUCAGUUCCACUCACAGAGAGCCCAAGUUAUACAACUUUUGAAUCCGUGAAAUUGGUAUAUAAUUUCACUGAUAGUAAUAAAACAUUGUUUUUACAUGUACUGUUAUUAAAAGUGUCUUCAGAUCCUAGCAGUAGAUCUGGUAGUACAUGAACACAUAGACCAACUACAGCCAUUGACCCACCCCAAAAUCUUACAAUGCAAUUAUUGAUUUGUUACUUCUUUGAUAGGUCUAAGAUAUGGGCAUAUUGCCAAUUGGGGUUUUUUUAUCACUAAAUGGACAGUGAGCAGAAAUUAAUUGUCCCCUGUGCUAAUAUUUUUGGGACUGUUCUCAUUCCCAGACUCAUUCCCAGCCUAGUCCUGGAGUAACAUCAGUGGAAGAUCAUGUAGCAAGGUAAAUUUGGAUUAUUUAUUUUAAUAUUUUAAGAGAUGAGCAGGUACUAGUAGAAUUACUCCAGAGUUUUUCUAAGCCUGAUCCUCCUCUCCAACAGUCAGAUGAGGCAGGUGACUCUUGUAAGGAUGCGUUCCAUGUUGAAUGGGAAGGACCAAACAGUAUUUUACCAUGUAGUCCUGGACUAAGCAGUGCAGAAUCAUGAAGAAAGUUCAGCCAAGGCACACAUUAGUAAAAAGCCAUGUGAAACUGAUAAGCAGUGUUCAGUAGUCAUUCCAACAGGGAAAACAUAAUUCCCAUUGAAAUCAUGAUAUAAUGAUGCUGUGCUCUUGCCUUUAUGCUUUCCCUCCCUAUUUAUAUCAUUUUUGCCCAUUUUUCCCUCUCUGUGUACAUUUGUUUUAUUUUAGCUCUUGUGUGAUAGCUUUAAAUGAUAGAUUUAAUCUCUCCACUCUUCCUGCAUUCUUUGAUAUGCCCAGUAAGUUUUAUACAUGGAAAAAAGUAGUAGUAAUCCUUCCAAUAGCACCACAAAUGCACAUUUUCUGCCAAAUUGGAGAAGCUUGCCAUCAAAUUUUUAUUGGCAAUUGGCUGAAGAUAAUUUGUGGCCCACUCUAGUAUCCCUGCAAAUCAGAAUCAUCAGAAGGAUUUCCUUGGAUUUCAUUGGGAUUUGGGUUGUGUCCACCUUGAUGCACGCAGUUGUAUUUCCUAACUUUCUGGUCAAGCUCUGUAACUUUUGCUUGGGUGACCUUGCUGUAGACCCAGCAAGGAGUCAGUUCUGCCCCACUGUACUCAGAAGUCCUUCAUGUUUAAUUUGGGAUAGUAAUGUGUUGCACUGUGGCAGAAUAGCCUCCUGCACUUCUGUUCACUGUUCUGUGCAGCUGUUAGCUUGAAAUGAUUAACAGAUAUGAGCCCUACAAUGAAGUGAUGCCUUUUUGGCAUGUCAGUGUCUGUCAAUAGCAAGCACAAUAUUUCACAUCUGUUUGCACGUUUUCUCUUUCAGAUAAUAGUAAUAAUUGAAGUCUUUCGUUCUUUAUAUAAGGAGAUAAGUAUCAGAGAUCUUCAGGCUUCACUGUCUCGGGAGCUAAUUUCAAAGUGUUCCUAUGCUACGUUUCUCUUUAAAUGAUUUUUUAAUUAUUAUUCUCUGCUGAGAUUACAAACUGGCAUUUAGUUGAAUUACUCGCUAGGUAUUUCCAAACAUUUCCCAUUUGCAUUGACUAGAAAGCUAUUUUGUCCAGCCUGUAAAAUGCAGGGGUUUUGUAGCUGCUUCCCACCAUGGCAAGUUGCACUCCCUUAUCUUCACUAAAACAUGCUCAAGUUCUCCCUUGCUUUCUCUAGGUGAGACUGAGAGCCAAAAGCUUCAGCUUGUUGAGGCUGAAUCUGCAUCCCUUAUGUACCCACAAGGCCUGCAGAAAUCACCAGGUGUUUAGCAUGCUUACGAAGGUCAGGAACUGAGCUUCUGGAGGCCAAGUUCUGCUUUGGGUUACAGUGAUAUCCCGUGUCAGUACUGAACUGAGUAUUGCACAACACUGUAACCAAGAGUAGGUUGUGCGCCUAAACCUCUUUCAAACUUUUGCCUGCAAUUUAUCUGUAAGGCAAAAGGAAGUACUUGGGAGUCACUGUUGGAAGGGAAACAGGGUAUGACCUGUGCCAUUUCAGUGCUUUGAGGAGUCUGAACACAUUAGUAAGUAGCGUGAAUCAUUUUCAUGUGUUGAAUUCCUGCUUGUAGCAGAAACAAAGCAUUUUCUUUACAUCAGCAAGUCCAGAUUCUGUACGUGUUCUGCCCAGGCAGGAGGACUAUUUAGCCAUAAUGUUCUUUCAAGUUAGAGUUUUGUAUUACAGUGAAAAUUGACAUUUUUUUAAUUUGUGAUAAACCUGUAUUAUAAUGCCUUAUUUAUUUUUAAUCUUGUACAGUGUUACAAAACAACAAAAAACAUUGGCCUUUCAUGUAUUAUUCACUUUAAAAGAUGUAUUGUAUUAUGAGAUUUUGUAAAUAGUUUUAGCUCGGACAGGUAAUUGCAUGUACACUUGUAUAAAAAGAAGCAAAAAGGCACACUUUUAACAAAUGUUAACAAUUUUUUGUAAGAGACAUUUUACAUGUGCAUGGAGAUUAUAAAUCCUUUGGAAAUGGAUGUCCUUUUGCUUUUCCUUGCAAUCUACUGCAUGCCACUCAUGCCUGACUUCAGUAAAACAAAACAAAACAGUAAACCAGUAAGUUUUCCUAAAUGUUUUUGACAUAUCACUACUGGCACAGAGUUAGAUCCACUAGUUGCAUGUGCGUUCAGCAAAGCAAAAUCAAAAUGCAAAUGGCAAAUAAAGAAGAAAUAUAAUUUCAUGGUUGUGAUCUGCCAACCUCAGUGUUCCAAGAUCCAUAAUACAGUAUAUGAAAAGUGUUAUCAACAUCUAUGCUGUCUUCAUAAGGUACCUUCUGGUCAUUAGAAGCAAUAAACUCUACUUACUGUAA